CUCUGUGAAGAAGCCAGCUCUCCUCCAGCCUGCUCUCUGACCGAGAGACCAAGGUCAACUAUCAUGACGCAACAGUGUACAUUGAAAAAUGCUCUGCAAACCUUCGUUGAUACCUUCCACAAAUACUCCGUAAAGUAUGAAGACAGAGAUGCCCUGAACUGCAAGGAAAUGAAGCAGCUGUUGAACAAGGAGAUGCCGAACUUCAUCAAGAACUCCAAGGAGCUGAAGGACAUCCCAAAUCUCAUGAUCGAGCUGGACACAAAUCUAGAUAAGGAGCUUAGCUUCAAUGAAUUCUCUGUGAUGUUAGCACGUGUGAUCCUGGAAUCCCAUGAAAAGAUGCACGAGGAUAACCCUUUGACAAAAGGCCACCACCAUGGGCCUGGCCUUGAGGGGGGUCCAAAGCAGAAAGGGAAGUGACAUAGUGGGCGAUAGCACUGAUGGGAAAGAAGAACAAUUUCCCUCCCCUUCACAUUCAUCUUUCCCUCCCCUGCCCAUAUCCCUUCCCUGCCCAUAUCCCACCCCCAACAAAGAAGUGUUUCGACUACAUAGAGCCAAAAGAGGGAGGGCAAAAAAAAAUAGAGAAGGGGGUGCUGGUGUCCUGAUAACCUUAGCAAUAUGAUUGGGGACAAUAAAGAUUUUCUUUGAGCCAUUGA